AUGUUCAUGUCAGUUCGCGACAGAUCAGGUCAGGAGAAUAAACGUCGAGUCAAGGGCGGGGCAAAGGAAAAGAAGGAAUGCCAGCAUGCGAGAGAGCGAAAGCAGGCGGCCGCCGGGGGUCCCGAGCCGAAUGUUCAGGGUGGCUCUGUCGGAGAAAUAUAUCAGACGCCACUGGUGCGCCGCUUCUAUUGCGAGACUCUUCAUCCGUACUCGCCGAGACAUUGGCCGAAGUAA